AUGUGGAAUAAUAUAACAGUGCGAGAUAGACUGCCUGCAUUGUUACAUACGAAUCAAGAUAACAAUCAAGAUCGUUUAAUUCAUGCUGCUAGGGGCAACGAAGUGAACUAUCACCUACAUGAUCUAAUUCGUGACAACAGAAAUCAUCUAAUUCAGUUAGAAAUUCGAAUCAAUAAUCAAGACAUAGUAUCUAGAGCAUUACACCAAAGCUUAGUAAAAUUGCAAAAUGAUAUUAAGUCCAUCUUUGAUAGUAUUAGUGGUAAGUUACGGGAUAAAAAUCAUGAUUAUCAAAUGAUUACGAAAGAUACUCUUGAUCAAGUUGCGCAGUUAACAAAAAGAUUGCAGAAUACCGAAUAUAACUUGCUAGAUGAAAAGCGAAACCGUCAAAUAUUUUUGAACGAAGUGAAACGAUAUGAAUAUGCUGCUGAGCCAAAUGCAUUCAAAAAUAGACUGGCUACUAUGGAACAAGAAGCAUCAUACACGAAAGAAUCUUUCAGCCGUAAUUUAGAUUCAUUUCGUAAAGAAUUACACGACGUUCAAACUCAUCAACGCGAUCUAGAGGAAAAUUUUUAUGUUCUUAAAAAUAAAAUAACUUCAGAUAGGAAUCAUUUCUUUGAUGAAGUUUCUACUUUAAAUAAGGUGAUGGAAUAA